UGGUAAAUUUGUUUCCAAUAAAUGUAAUAAUUCUGUUAAGGAAAGUGAUUUUUAUGCAUCUUCUGAAGAAAGUGCAUAUUCUGAAGAAAGUGAAUAUGAUUUAGAUGAAUAUUUGGAGCAACGAUGA